CGGUUUUGAAUCGGAAUUCGGAAUCGGUAACGGACUGAGACUCAAUAGAAUACACUGAUAUUAUUAUUAUUCAUGUUAUUAUUGACAACACCAUUUCCCAAAAACCUUCCCAAAUAAAAAAUUAAAUAAAAAAAAAACAUUGCUGGCGUCGUCAUCGUUGGCAGCGUGCGGAUGUCGUGUAUAUUGCCGUGUACGCGUACGCGCAAAUCGUUUAACCUAACAAGUGUUUUUUUAGCCGGCUAAUACACUGCGAAAGUGUGAGUGGGAGAGAGUGAGACAGCAGCAGCAGCAGAGACUAACCAACGAGCCAUGUAAAACGUCAGCAUAUAGACACAUAGAUACUCACACACACACACACCCAUAGAUAUACACACAGAUACGCAGAAAAAUGUAUUAAGUGAGUGUGAAAGCAAAAGGAUAAAAACAGCAAUAAAACGUGACCUUUGAAAGAAAAAAACUUAUAAAUAGAAAACGGCAAAAAAAAAAACAGAAAUAAAAAUAGAAAAAAAAGGAAAAACCAUUUAAUUGGAUUUCAUUUCGUCUUUUCGGCUUUCAUUUCGGAUACAAUUAACUGAGAGAGCGGCUGUGGCCCUAAAUGAUGCCCGAAACUGAACGCGACUCGUUGGUGGCAGCUGAAAUGGUUAGUGGUGCCUUGAGUCACGGUUAUGGCAUAGUCAAGGAUCAACAGCAGCAACAGCAUCAUCAUCUACAACACCAGCAGCAGCAGCAUCAUCAUUCCCAGCUUCCUCAUCAGCAGCAACAGCAGCAACAACAGUCAUCGUUGGAUCCAUAUAAAAUGGCCACAAGCACAUAUGUAUACAGCAGUCCUUUAACCAUACCGCCCACACAUGUGGCCAUGGUUCAUAGUCCUAAUAGCAGCAGAGACAAGCUUGGCAAUCUGCUACGCGUGCGUGACAACAACAAUAGUCAUAGUCCUAGCAGUAGCGGCAGUUCCCCCACCACAUUUCUUCAAAAGCAAUUGGAGUCACCCAAUAGUCGAUCAGUGGUGAACAGCAGCAGUCAACAACAACCUCGUCGCUCGAUCACGCCGUAUCCUACAGCAGCAUCAGCACCACCUCCCCCAACAGCAGCAGCAGCAGCGAUUGCAGCUACAACAAGUUGGCAUGCCCAUGUAUAUGCCCGUCCGCCCAAUCGUCCUACCCCCCACUCCAUAGCUGAUAUUUUGGGCAUGGCUCAAGUUGAGAAGGAGACCCUUCUACUCGAGGGUGGCAAUCCCAUAACAGCGGCAGGCCCAGCUAAAUCACCAAAGAGCAUUUUGCGUAACUUUGAGCAACAGUAUGCACAACAGCAGCAACAUCAAGAGCAACGUCCUCUGCGCAGUGCAUCCAUCUCCAUGAGUGAUGCAAGCGAGGAGGAUAGCGCAGCAACAGCUGCAAUAGCAACAACAACGGCAGCAACAGUCACUGCAGCAACAGCUUUAGCAGCAGUAGCAACAGCAGCAGCAACAACACCACCAGCAAUAGCAGCAAUAACGCCAGCAACUUCACUUGAUCAGCCAUUGAAUCUGUGUGUGGCCAAAAAAUCGCGUGAUGGUAAUCAGUCGCCCAUGCCAGUCAAACAGCAAAAUCAACUUCUGGGCAAGACAACCGCCAAAAAGGAGCAUUCUGCCAGGCCUGUGGCCAAGAAAAAGAAGCCGUCACCCAGCAACACGGGCACGAGUUUGGCCCUACCGCCUGACAUUAGUCCGACGGCCAGUAGUGACACAUUGAUGCGAGAGAAAUUGUUGGCUCCCUCCACGGCCAAUUCACCGGGUUCCGGAUCGGCAAUAAAUAUGCAGCCCAGCAAUGCCAGCAGCAAUAUUGAGACAACUGAAGAUGACUCCGAUUCAGGAUCAACGGAUGCCAGACGCAAGAAAAAGGCACGCACCACCUUUACGGGUCGUCAGAUUUUUGAGUUGGAAAAACAAUUUGAGGUCAAGAAGUAUCUCAGUUCAAGUGAACGCACAGAAAUGGCCAAAUUGUUAAAUGUCACCGAAACGCAGGUGAAAAUCUGGUUUCAAAAUCGUCGCACAAAGUGGAAGAAACAGGAUAAUAUAACCAAUAAUGAGGCUGCUGAGCACAAGUCAACAACAAACACAAAUAAAACAGGAACGGAUCAGCAGCAACAGCAGCCAUCAAAAGAAAAUAGCAACUCUAACAACAACAACAAUAACAAUGAAGGCAAAUUGCCAACAACAAAACAGUCAACGACAAAGAUUAAAAAACAAUUGAACGCUCUGCUGGAGAAGGCCGCAAAGACCGCAAAUAGUAAUGGCGGGAAUAUGGCCACAAAUGGCAGCGAUUCUCAGUCAACAAUUGCAGGCACAAACAACCACAACAACAACAAUAAUAAUAACAACAACACUAAAUCCACUGAGAAGCGACAUCAUGGCGGAAGCAACAACAAUAACAACAACAAUCAUGGUGAAUCAUUGCUAACACGUUUGCAUCAGCAUGCCAUACCCUUGACUGUGGAGCCGGCAGCACCUUUAGAACAAACCGAAAAAUUGGAAAUCAAAAAGGAAGAAUCACCACAGCAUCGAGAGCUUCAAUUGAGAUUGCAACGUGCAGCGGCAACGGCCGAAGCAGCUGCAGCAGCAGCAACUGCCGCCAAAACUGCUAGCCAACAAAAUGGACGCAGUCCUCCACCCUCAACAGCGGCAGCUCCUGCCGUUCCUGCUCUGUUGAGUGAUAUGGAUUUCGAGAGCAAACUUGCCGCCUCUACCAUAUCGAUUGCCAUUGGGUUGACCAAUAAACAGUCAAAGUCCGAAUUAGAGCCAAAGAAUGCAAGUGAAUCAGAGGGCGAAGGCGAUGCCGAAGGUGAAGCUGAUGGCGAGGGCGAUGGUGAAAACGAUAACAAUGGGGGCGAUGUUGAUGAUGAAGAGGACGAAGAUGAGACUUCUAGCGAGCAUGGUGCUUCCACUGAGGCGCACGAUUCACAGGAUCAGGAUGUGGCCAUGUAAAAAAGCUAAAAGGAAAAAAACAAAACAAAUUCAGUCAAAUUAACUUGUGCCAAAAAGUCGAAUAUUGCUCACAGCACCAUCAUAUACCACUCAACCACAACCACAACCACUACCAAUUCCUUUCACCUCUUAAACUAAACAACGGCCCGUGUUUUUAAUUUCAAAUUGUAAUUGUAAUUUAUUUCAUAAAUAUUUAAUAAUAAUCUAUAAUUGUACUUCUAAGCUUAAGCGCUAAUCCUAA